CUUCUAAUUUUUUUAUAUUUGUAUCUCUUUCCUCUCAUCUCUCUCAGUUUCAGAGAUUGAAUUUUUAUCUUUUUUAAGUAUUAAUUUCAUUCCUGAUCAUGCACAGUAGUCCUAUAUCUAUAUACAUGUACUAUCAUUCUUGAAUCCUCUUUUUGUUAUAAAAAUUAAAACAAUCGAUGGCGUUAAGGUUGGUAUAUAUGAUGUGCAGAAUAAUAUAGCAAGGAUAGGAUCUGUUUGGUUGAGCGAUGAAUAAGAAUAGUCAGGUGAGCAGUUCGGAUCUCAUCGAUGCAAAGUUGGAAGAGCAUCAAUUGUGCGUAUCCAAACAGUGCCCAAGCUGUGGCCACAAGCUCAAAGGCAAGCCGGAUUGGGUGGGUCUACCGGCCGGAGUGAAAUUCGACCCGACGGACCAGGAGCUUAUCGAGCAUCUGGAAGCCAAAGUGGAAGGGAAUCACUCCAAAUCUCAUCCUUUGAUUGAUGAAUUCAUCCCCACCAUUGAGGGUGAAGAUGGGAUUUGCUACACUCACCCUGAGAAACUUCCUGGAGUGACAAGAGAUGGAUUGAGUAGGCACUUUUUCCACCGGCCGUCGAAGGCGUACACCACCGGCACCAGGAAGCGGCGGAAGAUCCAGACGGAAUGCGACUUGAAAGGCGGGGAGACGCGGUGGCACAAGACCGGGAAGACGAGGCCGGUGAUGCUCAACGGAGAGCAGGAGGGGUGCAAGAAGAUCUUGGUGCUGUAUACUAAUUUCGGCAAAAAUCGGAAGCCGGAGAAGACGAAUUGGGUGAUGCAUCAGUAUCAUUUAGGGAAGCACGAGGAGGAGAGGGAAGGCGAGCUCGUCGUCUCCAAGAUUUUCUACCAGACUCAGCCGCGCCAGUGCAAUUGGACGGAGAGAGCCGCCGCCCCCGCCAUUGCCGGAGACAUAAGGAAAGAGAGUGGGAGCUGCUCUUCUUUAAACGAAAUCAUCCCUCAAAUUACAGAUGAUUUCUCAGCUGCUGCUGCCGCCGCCAUCAGCAUCGCGGCCCCGGCUUUCACCGGCAUCGAUAUUCAUCAGCUUAAAGCCGCCGAUCACUUCGGUUAUCUCCCUUACAGAAAAUCGUUUGAUGAGGGUGGAAGCAUGGGGGAGGCUUCAAUCGCAAGGGAAGGAGCCGGCACGUGCGAAGAGCGUGACAUCCCGCAGCAUCACGUGAACCAGCAACAGCAGAUUGCUGCCACCGCAUUUCACAUAAGCCGGCCGUCGCAGUCCAUCUCCACCAUCAUCUCUCCUCCACCGCUCCACCACACCUCCAUUAUUCUCGACCAAGAUCACCCCUUCCAUGUCCCAAGAAUCAUGCUCCCCAACGAAAAUUACCAGCAGCAGCAACAACAACAUCAUAAACUUGGGGGAAGGUCUGCAUCUGGAUUGGAGGAACUCAUCAUGGGAUGCACCUCAACUGACACCAAAGAGGAAUCAUCAAUGGCGAACCAACAAGAAGCAGAAUGGUUGAAGUACUCGACAUUCUGGCCGGAGGCAGACAACCAGGAUCAUCAUGGAUAGAAACAAACAACCAGAAAUCUUUACUUGUAAGUGCUGUCUGCAGGGACCAAUAUCCUCUUUCUCUCUUUUUCACAGCGGUCACAAACUGAACUAACUGUUCAAACAAAACCCAUGUUGCAAAAGAAACAAAAGAGAGGAAAAAAGAAACAAAAUUAAAGGAAAAAGGCGGCUCUCUACUGAGAAGAGAGAGAGAGUGAUCACCGACGUCGAAAGCGAUAAAUUCUUGCUGCAUGAAAAUCAUCACCAUCAUCAUUGCUAUACCGUCUUUAUACAUACAAUUGUUUAUUCCUUGUUUUUAUUUGUUCAUUUUAAGUUCACUUUUUUUUGUAUAAUUUUGUUACACCAAAGAAUUAUAGAUACUAAACCACAAUAUUGGAAAUUCAAAUGUAAACUGUGUUUAUAUUUUACAUGCAUUUAAUAUCUAAGCAUAUUGACUGUA